UUAUUGCUGACACUGCGUUUUGGGGUCAUCAUGUCAAAGAGCAAGAGUUCUGAGACGGUCAAAGUAGUGGUGCGUUGUCGGCCGAUGAAUGAGAAAGAACUGGCAGCCGCAUUUGAGUGUGUGGUGUCAGUCGAUGUCAGAUUCGGGCAAAUUAUUGUCAGGAACCCUAGGGAGGCGUCUGCUGGUGAGCUUCCUAAAGUUUUCACAUUUGACUCCGUUUAUGACAGCAAGUCAAAGCAAAUAGAUCUAUACGAUGAAACCUUUCGACCCCUUGUUGAUUCAGUUCUGCAAGGAUUCAAUGGCACUAUCUUUGCAUACGGGCAAACGGGCACAGGAAAAACAUACACCAUGGAGGGUGUUAAAAAUGAUCCGGAAAGGAGAGGAGUCAUCCCCAACUCAUUUGACCAUAUCUUCACUCACAUUUCAAGAUCUCAGAAUCAGCAGUACUUGGUGCGAGCAUCAUAUCUGGAGAUUUAUCAAGAGGAGAUCCGAGAUUUACUUUCCAAGGACCAAACACGCCGUUUAGAGUUGAGAGAGAGGCCGGACACUGGCGUUUAUGUAAAAGAUCUAUCGUCAUUUGUCACCAAAAGUGUACGGGAAAUUGAAAAUGUCAUGAAUGUGGGGAAUCAGAAUCGAUCAGUUGGCUCUACCAACAUGAAUGAACACAGCUCUCGCUCUCAUGCCAUCUUUGUUAUCACUGUUGAAUGCAGUGAAUUGGGGGUGGAUGGAGAAAACCAUAUACGAGUUGGAAAACUCAAUCUGGUGGAUCUAGCUGGCAGUGAAAGGCAGACCAAAACGGGGGCUCAGGGGGAGAGACUGAAAGAAGCGACGAAAAUCAACCUUUCACUUUCUGCUUUAGGGAAUGUCAUAUCAGCUCUAGUAGAUGGCAGAAGCAGCCACAUCCCUUAUAGAGAUUCCAAACUGACCCGACUUUUACAGGACUCUCUUGGUGGUAAUGCCCGCACAGUCAUGGUCGCCAAUAUUGGCCCCGCAUCUUACAACGUGGAAGAGACUUUAACAACACUGCGUUACUCUAACAGAGCCAAGAACAUCAAAAAUAAACCCCGUGUCAACGAGGACCCUAAAGAUGCUUUGCUUAGAAAGUUUCAAGAGGAAAUCGCGAGACUGAAAGCACAACUGGAGAAGCGUACAGGAAAGAAAAACAAGAAGCGGCAAAAGCGAGGGGCUGGAGAUUGUAGUAACGGUCGAGGUGAAGAUAGCGAGAAUGAUGACGAAGUGGAGGAAAGCAAAGGAGAUUACUGGAGAGAGCAGAAAGACAAGCUGGAAAGAGAGAGGAAAGCAAUCAUGGAGGAUCACAGCCUGGUUGCAGAAGAGAAAGCUCAACUCCUUAAGGAAAAGGAGAAGAAAAUGGAAGAUCUAAAGAAGGAGCAGGAAGCAGGGGAUUUGUUGGCAGCCAAAGUUAAGGCAAUGGAAAGUAAACUAUUAGUUGGAGGAAAGAACAUUGUCGAUCACACCAAUGAACAACAGAAGAUGCUGGAGCUGAGAAGACAAGAAAUUGCUGAACAGAAACGAAAAGAACGAGAGAUGCAACAGCAAAUGGAUUGUCGAGAUGAGGAGACUCUGGAGCUGAAGGAGACGUAUAGUUCUUUGCAACAGGAAGUCGACAUUAAAACCAAGAAACUGAAAAAGUUGUUUGCCAAACUGCAGGCAGUGAAGGGAGAAAUCAAUGACAUCCAGGAAGCGCACAUUAAUGAGCGCCAGGAAUUGGAACAGACACAGAAUGAGCUCACACGGGACCUUAAACUCAAGCAUCUUAUCAUUGAGAAUUUCAUUCCAUUAGAAGAGAAGAGUAAAAUAGUCAACAGGGCUUUCUUUGAUGAGGAGGAUGAAUACUGGAAGAUGAGGCCCAUCACACUUAUUGAGGACAGUAAUCAUCAGAUGAUGAGCAGGCCUCAAUCUGCCAUCGGGUUUAGACGGCCUCUGAGUAACCAUGCUCGGACGGCCAUGAAGGACCGUCCUGACCUGAGAUACAAAGCUGAGAAUGUUCUGUUGCUUGGCAUGGAUAUGCCUUCUCGGACCACCAAAGACUAUGAGCGACCAGUUAUUGCUCCAAAGGUAGCAGCAGCUCUGGAGGAUGCGCUUAAGAAUGAGGACGAUCUUCAAGUGGAUGCCUCUGGAUUUAAUAGUAGUUUUGCACCUCUAGCUAGUGCUAGUGGAAGCCUCAGGAAACCAAAGUCUGCUCGACCAAGAACAGCCAAGCAAUCGAACACUUGGACCUCUUCAUUCAGUCUGCACAAUCCAGCAUCCCCAAUUUACCCACAAUCCCGUGGACUGGUGCCCAAGUGA